AUGGCGACCAAUGCAGCAACAGAGCACACCGACCAAACUAGCGGCCCGGCCGCAUCCAACCCAAGCGCCACUCAACCGAGCGAGGCCGUUGAGACGACAGGAACGACCGCCGAUACAGAUAUCGCCGCGGCGCCACCAGCCCCAGAGUUGAAAUUGCCGACACGGAAAGAUGCUUCGCUGAAGGAUUUCUUGAACAAGAUAGACGAUUACGCGCCGAUUAUCCCCGACGCCGUCACCAACUACUACAUGACGCGCGCUGGCCUCCCUCCGCCGCCGCAGACCGACCAGCGCCUCGCGCGCCUCCUCGCCCUUGCGGCGCAAAAGUUCAUCGCCGACAUCGCGGCCGACGCGUAUCAAUACAGCCGCAUCCGUGCCAGCAACACCAACGCGAACAACCCGAUGGGUAACCUCGGCGCGGCAGCCGGGUUUCCAAUCCCCGGCCAACAGGGCAACCAGCCUGGCGGUAACAAAGAUCAGGGGCGAGGCGGUCCGCUCGGUAUUCAACGGCCCGGGUAUGGUGGUGGUGGACAGGGGGGCAGUCAAAAUCGGACCGUGUUGACGAUGGAGGAUUUGGGGAUGGCCGUGGGAGAGUUUGGGGUGAAUGUGAAGCGGAGCGAAUUUUACCGCUGA